AUGGGAGAAAACCAGCAAGCAGAAAAAGAGGAGUUCUUCCAGCCGGUUGGUCAAGCCGCAGAGGAAGUUGACCACGAACAGGUUCCUGAGAACGGCAACGAUGGCAUCAGACUGACUGGUGCUGAGGACGCCCAGGGCCAUCCUGUCCAAGAAAUCGAUUCUCUUUGCAUGAAUUGCCACGAGACCGGAGUUUCACGUCUGCUGCUCACUUCGAUUCCAUACUUCAGAGAGAUCGUGGUGAUCUCUUUCGAAUGUCCUCAUUGCGGAUUCAAGAACUCAGAGAUCCAAUCGGCUUCCACCAUUGCCGAGAAAGGCAGCAGGUACAUGCUCAAGAUUGAAAACAAGGAGGACUUCAACCGCCAGGUUGUCAAGUCGGAAUAUUGCACGUGUAAGUUCAUUGAGCUCGACAUUGAAAUUCCUGCCAAGAGAGGUCAGCUGACUACCGUCGAAGGACUUUUGUCGGAGAUGGUGCAGGACCUCGAAUUGGACCAGCCACAGAGAAAAGAGGUUCAGCCUGAAAUAUACGAAAAGAUCGAGCAAUUCCUUGCCAAAAUACGCUCUGUGCUCAACGGAGAGACUGGUUUGCCAUUGACGUUCUUGAUUGACGAUCCGUCGGGCAACUCCUGGAUCGAAUACGUCCCGGGCGAGCCUCAGCACAAAUGGUCUGUUGUCGAGUAUAACCGUACACCUCAGCAGAACGUGAUGCUGGGUUUGGUGUCUGCGGACGAAGUUGCUGCCCACGAGCAGGAACAGCAGGAACAACAGUCUCAAAGAGUCAGAGCUACAGGAUUCAUGUCUGACGAGACGGAUAUCGAGAACUUUGCCAAUGAGUCGUUAAUAUUCCUCACUUCAAGGACGUGA